GAAACAAAACAAGAUGAGCUGUUCAUGAGGCAAGCUCUUCGAGUGGCCAAAGCGGCUCUCGACAUCGGAGAAGUGCCUGUAGGGUGUGUGAUUGUGAUGCCGACGGAAACCGGUCCUGUAGUUGUCUCCCACGGAGCCAACCAAGUCAACGCUACGCGCGAUGGUACGUGGAAGCACGAAAAACAGAAUAUACGCGAGGGCACGGGGGAAUGGAGAAAUGCGUACGGCUGGGGCUCGGGUAGGCGUUUCAAGCCGGAGGAGCUAAAGAAGUGUCGACUUUAUGUUACUUGUGAACCGUGUAUCAUGUGCGCAGCCGCGUUAGCUCAAGUCCAGAUAAGUAAGGUCUACUUUGGUUGCCGCAAUGAUAAGUUUGGUGGUUGCGGAUCCAUUUUGCAUCUACAUAAAGAUCAUCCUCCACAUCACGCAGGAUACCCAGUUUCUGGAGGAAUGUUGGAAGACGAUGCGGUAGGACUUUUGCGAUCAUUUUACAAUCGAGAAAAUUUUCACGCGCCGGAGGAUAAACGGAAACGAAAGGGGGGCAAAGACGAUCCUUCCGACGUUCUGUGAACAAUACGAAAUACAACUAAGAUGGUAAUAUCGUAAUUAAAGCAACGAGUCUCACCCAGG